ACGACGGGGUGGGUGGCCAGCACCACGCCCGACCGCCUUUGUAUCUCCAGCGCCGAUGUUUACACACUGCACCUGCAGUUUACUCAUUUAUGGCUGAGUCCACCUAGGCGCGGUGUAAGGCACAGGCCCGGUUCGGCUCUCACCUGCCAUUGACUGGUGUUGUCCGUGACCGGGAAGGCGAAGGUCCGCCGCGCGGUGCGCUAACCGUUGCGCCACCGCUCCCCACUCAACCCCCACCCCUCCCCCCACAACCAGCCGCCGUCACCGGCUGCUCUCCUCGUGUGGAGCAGCAUCGCGGAUGAGCCGGGCUCGGUGCGGCAUCCCCAGCUCCAUCCCGCCAGUGCUGGCUUGUGUCGUCAUCAUCAUCAUCCUCCUUCGCUUCCUCCAACUGGUCCACCUCUUUAUCAUGAGCAGCAGCAGCGUCGUCCUCCUCCUCCUCUGCUCGCCCAUGAUCAUCGUCACAUCUGCGUAGGGAGACGGGACCCUGCUCGCUCGGGAGGCGCUGCGGAUGAGAGAGGCUCAACGGCGGUGGUGGAGAGCGGCGAAGCGCAUCGGAGCAGGCGGACGCGUGUGAUGCUGCCGCUCGAUGCUUCUGGCCCCCCGCGCCGUGGUGGUGGCGGCAGCCGCCCCCCGCCGCCCGCCGCCAGCUGUGUCCCCGCGCCCCGCGUGACCCACAUCUCCAUCUCCUCCGCGCUAACAAAAGGAGCGCUAAUGAAUUGACAAGAGUCUCGCUUUUGCAAGGUGCGCUCUCGCCUCGUUGGAAUAGCGAUUACCGAAAUAUAUUAUUAUUAUAAUUCGCAUUAUCGUCGUUAUUAGGUUUCUAAUUUUAGCAUCGGGGCUGCGUGGCGGCCUGUGGUGGGGGAAGGAGGGGGGGAUUGUUGGAGCGAUCCGGAGCGAGCGAGCGAGCGUGCGAGAGAGGAGAGACUCCGUUGGCGGGCGACGCUCGCCAGGGUGCAGAGAGAGCACGUGAGGAAUGGAGAAGGGGAUGUAAAUCGAUUCGAUUAAUAUCUACCGCUUUUCAUUUCGGAAGCUGCCACCGGCGUUCAGCGAUCGCGCGUCGCUGCUAAUCGCCGCCGUAGCCCCCAGCCGGUUGAAUUCUCGGUGGCGAUGAUCGCGCCAGGAACUUGAAUUUCCCUUCGCCUCUCAAGGUGGCCUGCAGAAUGGCGCGCAGCUGCGGCGCUCACCGGCAAACCCGACGAAAGCGGCCGACGGCGAGAAUCUUCCGGCCGGCUUCUUGCCAAUCGCCUGCCGCAGCCCCAGUCGUGGCAAUCGCUUGAACUGCACCCGACCGACCGCAUCGGCGAAUCGGAUGCUUCGUCGGGGUCGCGCCAUCCGCCGGCUCGCCACCGGCUCCCCGUCGUCGCCGGCACCUCAGGACGCCACCGUCCACUCGAGCGUCUUUCGGACGCCACCGUCGGCCGACCUUCGCGCUCUGAGGCAGCGGCCGCCCCCGGCCGCGCCGGGACUCCCCGCUCGAUGCCGCCCCUGAGCAAGUGGAGGGACCUGAGCCACGCGCCGACGAUGAGCGCCGACGAGCCGCGGGCGCCCUACAACCAGUCGCUGUCGUGGCUCAUCUGCGCCCUCGUGGCGUUCUUCGCCAACGUGUGGGGCAUCCUGAGCGUGACGGCCAAGCAGCACAAGUGGAAGCCGCUGGACAUGCUGAUCUGCGCGCUGGGCGCGACGCACGCCCUCAACGCGGGCGUCCCCAUCGCCAUGUACUCCGUCAUCCAGAUGCGCAAGUACUCGUCGGACUUCGAGUGGAACGAGGGCGUGUGCAAGGUGUUCGUGUCCACCUUCUACACGCUCACGCUCGCCACCAGCUUCACCGUCACGUCGCUCUCCUACCACCGCAUGUGGAUGGUGCGCUGGCCCGUCAACUACCGGCUGAGCAACGCGCGCAAGCAGGCGCUGCAGACCGUUGCGGGCGUGUGGACGGUGUCGUUCGUGCUGUGCGCGCUGCCCGCCGUCGGGUGGCACGACACGGCCGAGCGCUUCUACCACCGUGACUGCCGCUUCAUCGUGGGCAAGAUCGGCCUCGGCUUCGCCGUCUGCUUCUUGCUGCUGGUCGCGGGCAGCUCGGCGAUGAGCGUCGCCUGCAUCGGCGUCGCCUUCUUCCAGACGGUGCGCGCCGGGUGCGGGCGCGGCCACGCCGCCGCCGCCGCGGGCGCCUCGGACGCCGCGUUCACGGUGCCCGCCAUCGUGGUGGAGGACGCGCAGGGAAAGCGGCGCUCGUCCAUCGACGGCUCCGAGUCGGUGCGGACGUCGCUGCAGAUCACCUACCUCGUGACGGCCGUCGUGGUGCUCUACGAUGCGCUGGCCGCCAUGCCCAUCAUGGCCGUGAGCUUCGUGAGCAUCCGGCACGACGCGGCGCGACCGUGGAUGGUGAUCGCUUGCCUCUGGUGCUCGCUGGUGCAGACCAUGCUCUUCCCGGCCAUGGUGUGGCUGUGCGAGCGCUACCGGGCCGACUGCCGCGCCAUCUGGGACAAGUGCCUCGCCCUGUUGGCCAGCGACGAGGAGAAGUCCGCGGGCUGCCCUUACGCGUCCCCCUACGGCUCGGCGCAGCGCUUCGACCCGCUGGCCCCGCCCGAGACGCUCAGUGUGGAGCGCUUCACGCACGGCGGCGGCGGCGGCGCCGAUGGCUGCGGCACCGCCGGGGAGCCCGGAGAGCCGGGGAGCUCCGAGCUCCACCUCGGCCUCGACAGCUUCCCCCUCUGCGAGCUGCCGCAGGGAGACCGCAUGCAGUACCUGCAGGUGCCGCAGACUCGCCGCUUCUCCCACGACGAGGGCGACGUGUGGCAGGGCGCGCAGACCGCGUACCUCCAGGUCUGGGCGCCCACGGGGGGCUCCGGGGUGAUCCACAUCCACGGCGCCGUCAAGCCGGGCGACCUGGGCCCCGGCGGGGGCUACCUGCUCGCGCCGUACUCCGACCCGCAGCUCGCCGGCCACCCGGCCUACCACCACCACCACCACCACCGGCGGCGCCGCCUCUCCGACGACUACGGGGCCCUCAUGCGGCAGCGGCUGCCGUGCGGCGGCGGGGGCAACGACGCCGGCCAGGUGGGCGACGAGACGGCGCCGGCGGCGAGGGCGCCCGAGUCGUCGCGGUACGUGAGCCGCGAGGACGUGGCGCGCUUCAUCGACAAGACGUCGGUGACGCUCGGCGGUGGGGGCGGCGGCUCCAGCGCCGCGGCGACGGAGCCGGCCGACUCCGCUGAGCUGCGAACGAUCGUGCUGGCGGACUUGGCGGAGGAGCCGCGGUGCAGGCACCCCGCCCCCCUCUCUCCUCGCCCCAACCCCAGCCCCGAUCCCGCCGCUCCCAGCGCCGACGCGGGAGGAGGAGGCGGCGGCGGGGACGACGGUGCCGCAGAGCGGACUCGGGUCUCCGGCGUCGACGGCUCCGCGGGGGGAACUCCGACGCGCGGCGGCGACGCCCGAGGACUUGCCGUGCCGGUCGUCUCGGUGUCGCCGGCCAAAGAGGCCGCCGUGAAACCGUGCGGCCGCGCGGCCGGCGCGACGCGCGACGGGUCGGACGGCGCCGUCGCCGCUUGCGCUCGGUCUGCGUGCGAGCGGGGAGCGCGGGGGGAAGCCGUCGCCGCGGCCGCGAGUGAGAGCGCCGCGUCGUGAGCGAAUACGUGCGAGGCGGCGAGCCGGACCGACCGACCGACCGACCGACUCGCUGACCGUGCGGAAAGAAGACGGGCGAGCGACCGUUGGUCGUCGCAGGCCGUCGCGUCAGCCCGGCGGUGACGUAGGAAGCGGGCGCUCGACGGAGCCAUGCUUGGCCCUGUCCUCACGACGCAUUGUGCGAGCUCGGCAUUCACCGGAAGCGUGCGAACGGAAGCGAGCGGAGCCGCUGUCGUGGCGAAGUCGCGACAAGAGGCUCCUGUGUGCCGACGAGGGUGGUGAGAAAUGUCACGGCGUGUCUCGGUUGUGGGAAAAGAAACACGUGGCCCAGAACAAGCUGUGAAUUUUAAUGGCGAGGAAACGUAUAAAACAUUUUUUAAAAUUGAUUUCAGUUUUCUUUUUUCUCUACUCCUUUUGCACAGGGCUCAAGUCUUGCAUCGACGUGAAAAAAAUGUAAUUACAGAGCAAGAAGUGCCUGGGGUGUGCUGGAGAGAAAGCCAUUGCUUAAAUAAAAUAAUUGCUUCUCAAAAACAAGAACGCUGGUGAACGUCCGACGAUCUUACAAAAGCCUCGGGCAGCUGUGUGCAAAGGCACAUCGAUGAGUGGGUGAGACUGUGCUAACAGUCGUUGUAUCCCUCUGAAAGGCAUACCCCGUGAUCAUCGUCAUCAUUAUAAGCCAUGGUCUAUCCACUGCUGGAUGAAGGCUUCAUCACGCUGUCACCAUUUCUAUUGGCCCUCUGAUAAGAAUCUGAAUAUUUAUUUUUUCUGGAAAAAACCGACGAGCUAUUUUUUUUCACAGAUGUCCGGUAGGGGCAGGUCAGAACGUUACAACAACAAUACAACAACACAGUCCAUCUCACUCCUUCACAAGAACCGGUCUUAACGCUGCCAUCUCCCCGGCGACCGACGUGGGACACGUUCUCCCAUACGCGUUGCGGCCGCCAUUCCUUCGUAAGGCCUGUACAUGGGUCGUCAUCCCUUCUCGUGGAUGCGUCCUGCCCAAGCCCAUUUGCUGUUCCCAAGAGUCCAUUUGGUGUCUGUGAUUUGCAGUUGUUCACCGAUGCUCCUCUUUCUGUCUUGCAGUUUAUUUCAAGUACAAGUAUGGGCCUUUACAUUCCUCUUCAGCAGGUCCCAGAAUUCCCACUUAUCGAGCAAAGCCACACUUGAGUCCAAGGACUCAUUAUCAGGAGGGUGCUGCCACAUUUGGGUUUUUAUUUUAAGAUGUUUCAGCAAGUUAAUGGGUUGUUUAUUAUAUGUGGGGGAGGAAACCCGUGAGGGGGCAACGCUCUAUCCCCAUACAGAUAGAAACAGAUGGCGAUUACUCCACCGCCCUCUCCUGUGCACCGCCUUCUGGCGAGCCAGGGUAUGGCACCACCUCGUCGCCCACGGGAAGGGAGUUUCACAACGCCAUCCGUGCGGUGAUCCACCAACCCUCGGUGCUGCCACGGCGCUGCUGGGUUACAGACAGCCACGUGCAGCGCAGCUACCACCGCUGCCCGGCUACCUGCCGGUUACCCUCAGAGCGAAUCUCGUCAGAACCCAGCUGUUGUCACGGCUUGCCACUCGGGCGCGGGUCAGCUCAUUUUUAGCGCAUUGUCGCCUGACCCGAACCCAAACGGCAACCCGCAAAAACGUACAAUUCCGACUUGCUUCGUGGAAACCCGUGGGUCGCCGUGGGUCGCCGUGGGAACCAGAAUCUGUUACCAAUUGCAGGACCGCAGCGUUUCCCUUGCUGCUGCUAGCCACCAACUUCAGGAGGAUUUCUCCAUCGACGAAUUCGGGUUUUUUUUUUAUGGGAACUGAAUGGCCUGAGCAUUCAGAUACCCUCGUGUGAGUUACCCCAUCCGGCGGAUUUGAGUCUGACGUUUUUAAAUAAUACAACGUGUGUUUUCGGUGAAGUAUUUGGAAUCGCAUAUCUGCUGUCAGAUAUGUCUCCUCUGCAAUGCACUCAAAACGACGUCUCUCUCUGGGCUAUUAUUCAUGAGGAGGUGUGACCUUUGUGACUGUUUAACGAUGAAUCUUUACAGGAAUCGGCGCGAUUAAUCACCGCUCCGGUAACGUCUGAAAAAUAUUAAGCUGAUUAAAACAAAAGAAACCCGUUUCGUUAGUAUCCCCGCUCGAUGUUGUGCAAUGUUUAUAAUAUACGUAAAGUUUUUUUUUUGGUACAUUUUCCUAAAAUGUAAAUAACACAGUGAAAUUUGUUAGGUGUAAAAAAUGUGUAAAAAAACACGAAACGAAAACUUUUGUACAAAAAACUAAAUCCGUUUGCAAGCUCUGUCUUGCGAACCGAUAUCAGUUGCAGCGUUGGGUUCACAAACCCGCGAACGUGCGCGGUUCGUCAACUCGUCCGUUUAUCGAAUCGUGAUUUUGACAUCUCGAGUCUUCGCAGUGUCCCCACAACAACGGGCGCGGAUGUUUUAUCUUUUACCCCCCCCCCUUCCUCGCGCUGUUGAUGGCAUCGCCGAGAUUUGACGGUGCACUUACGAGAUGACUGACAACACUGCCGCGUGCCGCGUGCGUGGAAGACACCCACACAGUGCUGUGACAAUGGAGUGCGCUGGCUCUUAGCGUAACGUGGCGCUUCAUGGGUACAGACAAGUCUACAGACUUAACCCGCCAUUGCUCGUUCGCAGCUAUGCCAGCAGCUCUGAAACAGCAGUCCUUUAUUCAAAGGCCACUCCCCAACCUCUGCCUUUCCACAGUUUACCAAAUCUUCUUCUUUGCUGUUCCCACGCAGCUCGAGGUGACCGCUUGGCAGGUGAGCGGAGUGAUGCUCGUUAUCAACCUGGUGCUUGACUUCGGAUGAUUGUGUAACAGGGGGUGAAUUUAAAAUCAUCGAUUUUGAAACAACGCAAUUGAAUCGCAAUUGAAUCACUCCGGCAUUAAUGUUUCGGUCUGGCGGUUUCAAUGGCAGAAUGUUUGCAUAUUUUUUAGCGCAGAGAUCCGAUGCGGUGGUUCGUACGCUGCACCGCAAACCUGGUGUCCUGGGUUCGAUUCCCAGCCACAGCUAACAACUUUCACUCGUCACUUGAUGAUAGCCUUAGAAAACAAACGUGGCUAACAUCAGUGGCGUGUGAUAUGUGGACCAGUCCCGGCAAGACCCCUCUUCGUUAACCCGCAUUGACCAGCUUGGCGAAGCAUGGUCAAAAAACCCACAUGACCGACACGCCAUGGGGGAGCCUUCACCCAGAAGAGUUGUCAAUUAUGAUAUUUGUCAUCUGAAAAUGUAACGUGGUUGAAUUUGUUUUAUUUUACAUGUGCUCUAAUUUACAUUGAAGCAGUGAUGAGUGGCAUCUUUAAAGUUACAGUCUCAUUUGUCAUCUACGGAUGCCGAUGCUGUGAUGAUGAAUCCAUGGACUGCGUGCGUUCACCUUUAUAAAGAGGCUGACUGUGUGUGCGUGUAUAGCCCUGACACGCAGUCUCUAGUGUGCGCGUGUGGAGUGGUGGCACUGCUACGCACCCUGAGCGACCCAAUUCGUGCUCACAGCCGACAUCGGUGAUGAAUACCUGAACUGCUCCUGAGCCCCCCCCCCCCCCUCGGUCGACCCAAUGAGUACCUGGUGCAGUGCGUGAAACGUCAGCACAACGAGACAAAGGUGGCUGGACGUGGUGCUAGGUACACCAACCGCCUUCAUAUGCGCUCGCUAACGCCACUUGAUAGACUACAUGGCGGAUAUUCGUUUUUUUUGUCCAGCCAUAAAUAUAAAAUAAAUGAUUUUGCCAUGUGACGAGCAUCUCUAUAGCUGGCUGUGUGUGAAAGGUGUAGCAGUCCGAAAGUGGAUCAGAUGUAAUUUGCAGGGAACUGAGAAGUCGUUUUCUGAUAUCUGCGGCCAUUCUGUUCACGUGUGGAGCGUGCCCUGCUCUGCGAGAGUUCCACAUGUAGUAACGUGUGUGUCGUGACAUUCACCCGAAAGUGCAAUCGCAUCAACAUUGGAAGUGCUGCUCUCAGUCGCGUGCGAUCGCGCUACAUCUUCAAACAGGAACACUUUGCAUGCCCAAUUUACAUCGGUUUGGAGAUUGUGGCAUACGCACUCAAACACGCGGAUUCCAAUAUGAGACUGCUUGCUUGGAUCAUGUCUUUAAAUAAAAGGUAAAAUAUUUGCAUUGUCACAAGAUUGGAAAUGUACCUACUCAUGCACCGGGGGCUUAUUUCCGUUCACGCAUUCAAUAUUACUAUGGUUUUAGAAUGUGUUUUUUUUAUAUCUUUCAUAACAUGUUUAAAUUGUAUUAUUUCAUGCGAUCUUGAUGUAAUUUAUUCAGUUUUAUUUUCUUACUAUUUAUUUUCGGAAUGUGUGCGCAAUGGUGUGUGAUUAUUGCUCUUGUCGUGUUGUGAAUUAAUGAGUUGUGUCUGCGGAUAUUUUUUUUAUUUUCUCGGACCCAAGUGGAACUGAUGAGCUGCUGCCAUCUCUGUGAGAGUCGCCUUGGACACGUGUCGUGAAUCUCAAGGGUCCGUCCCGGUUAAAUAAAGAUCAAUGGAAAAAUAAUGUAUAUCUUGUGAUAAUAUCAAAUCCAAAUAUACACGCUUUGUAAUAUGUAUGCCUUGAUAAAAAAAAAAAAUCUAAUUCUAUACGCCAGAGCGAUGGACGAGGGGAUGUGGUCUCUGCAUUGAUGUUGAGGUCUCGACAGGGGAGGGGGGUGGGAAAGUGUCUAAUGAAAUAUUGAAUUAGCUUAUUAUUGAAAGCCACAGCAAGUGCCCUUGAGCAAUUCGGCUGUUCACAUUUCAGGCUCUUGUUGGUCGGUGUAUCCAACGGUGGUCAAUAUGAGUAGGCCGACGUAAAAUAAAUACGGCCGCAACAUUUAACGUUGUGAGGUUAUUGUGUCAUCAUGAGUUUUGUUUUGUUUUCGUACUUUUGGAAAAUCGUUGCCCCCCCAAAAAGCAUAUGGUUGUUGUAAGAUUGUUAACAAUUGUAGUAAAGUUUGGGUUUACUGUUGCUUGUUCCACAUGAAUGUUUGCUCUCACU